UAGUUUAAAGGGCUAGAGAGAUUCACUUAUUUGCAACGAACCAGGCAACAGUGAUCUGUAAACUAUAGUUCUCAAGUGGCGUGAGGUUUAUGAUAUAUUCUGAACAUUAGUCAGGGUAAAAAGGAAAAGGAUCUAAUUUAGACUACUACAGCGGUAGUUCCAUGAAUUCCACUCGGUAUAUCAAUAGGAGACAAAACAAUAUUCUUCCUGUGCUAGCUGUAAAGAAUAUUCAGUCAGGAUGACAGUUGCACCGAGAGCAGAGUCAACUAUUGUUGAUGCCAAUAACCCCACUCCUGAUCCGUUCGUAGCAUAUAGGCGACAGGAUACACCGUAUACAGUUCUUGAGGUUAUGAAGACCACACUGACUUCCCUGUCCCUGUUUCCCGUACGGCUGGGGAUCUUCAGUUUUGUAGCGGUGACAUCAUGCCUCGCCGCGACCAUUCUAACUGCAGGGGUGGACCCAGGUAAUCCUAUGGCUGAGCCGUUAAGUCCAAUCCGCCGUCGAUUGAUGCGGUUUGUGUGUUGGUAUGCGGGCGCAGGCGGUUGCUUGGCCUUUGGAAUCUAUGUGAACACUACCAAAACCGUGAAACUCGAUCUACCGCCGUUGGUAAUUUUCCCCGAGGGCACUACUACCAAUGGCGUGGAGAUGGUAAGCUUUCGCACGGGUGUGUUCCGGUGCAAGGCGCCAGUCACGCCCGUGUGUCUUCGCUAUCCCAACAAGCACUACAGCUUGUCCUGGGAAACGGUCCCAAUCACUACACACGUAUGGCGACUCAUGACCCAAUUUGUCAACUUCGUAGAGGUCAUCCCUCUGGAUGAAUACAAACCAUCGCAAGAAGAGUUGGCUGACGCGUAUCUGUAUGCGGAUAAUGUGCAGAAGAUGAUGGCUGAGGUCAUGGAGUGCGGCUACUCAACAACUACCACUCGCGAACACAAAGUAGCUUACCACGACAGUAUACUUGGGAAUCUAACGUAUGACCAGGCACUGGCGAGGUGAGUGUUAGUGGAUAGCAUACUUAUACUUGCAUAUCUAUCUGCAUUGUCCUAUAUGUAUAUAUAUAUAUAUAAAUAUAUAUAUAUGUGUGUGUAAAGUUGAUCAAUGUCAGUAUGCGUGCGCU